AUGCCUUCGCGCCCCCAACAAAUUGUGGAUUGCAGUACAGUAGACGGCAAUGAAGGUUGUGAUGGAGGCUCACUCAGGGGAGCGUUCAGAUACGCCGCCCGCACUGGCCUUAUUCCUGAACAGAACUAUCCUUAUACGGGCAAGAAAGGUCGUUGCAAAUCCACGGGUCUGUUUGCUCGCACGAAGCCAAAGAAGUGGGCGAUGCUGCCAUUUGGUGACGAAGACGCCAUGGAAAAAGCUUUAGCCACUAUAGGACCGCUUGCUGUUGGCAUCAACGCGUCGCCUAUUACGUUUCAAUUGUACAGGAGCGGUAUUUAUGACGAUCCAUUUUGUUUCCCAUUUGGUUUGAACCACGCAAUGCUGCUAGUUGGUUUUACUCCUGACUACUGGAUCUUGCUAAACUGGUGGGGGAAGAAGUGGGGAGAGGAUGGUUAUAUAAGGAUCAGACGUGGAUUCAACAGAUGCGGAGUAGCUAACAUGGCGGCCUACGUUGUUUUGUAA